GAGCAGUGCGUGGUCGUGUAAAGAGCUAACGUGGGUCUGCUCGGUGCUUGUUGUCUCCCCUCACUGGGAUUAUCCGUCUUCUCUUUCAGCACUCCCUGAAUUCCAUUCCGCCUUUUACUUUUCCUGCAGCUCUCUCUCUCUCUUUCUCUCUCUCUCAUUCCCUCUCUCUCUCCCUCCCUGCUCUGUCCCAGCUCAGGACUUCCCAGUGACUUUGCAAGACUGCACUUAGCACACACAACAAGUCCUCUUUAAGUUUCGGAGUGCACGAGUGAGGAAGCAAAAGUUUGGAGUUUUCUUAUUUGAAGCAGUAGAAUAAACCCCCCACCCAAAGACGCGCGUGGAGAAGGAUCCCUGGUUUUACCUGUUGAUGAAGUCCCGCCGGGUGUGGGGCGCAGAGGAGCAGCAGUCCGGGUUUCGUGUCACAGAGAAAGAAAAAGUCUGAAAAAAGGUGCACCUCUCCAGUGAAAGGACCCCGGGUUUUCUUCUUCCCCAGCAGUCUGCAGCCUGUGCUGGGUUGCUGGAAAAUGGGCACUCCGACCACUUCGAUCUGUGGACUUAUCCUCUGUUUAAUACUCUCAUGCCAGCUAGUUACUGUGACUCAGGCCUCCAAGGUGUGGGGAGAGGUCCCUCUGCCUGAGGACUUGGAGGCGGAGAAAGAUGUCAAGGCAGGUCAGAGCUUACUGGACGACGACGAGGACUUUGCUGCUGAUGAAGCUUCAGGAGAUCUGCCCAGUGGAGAGGAUGACGGGAGCGCACCAUGGCCUCCAGUCUCUGAGAGCACAAUUUAUUACAGAGCUCUCGUCAACUUCACCGACUCCCUGGUCUACGGCCCUGAGCUUGAGGACAUCUUCUCUCCAGCUUUUAAUGAGAUCUCUGAAGCAGUGGUGGACACGCUGGAGUCGGAGUACAACAGGAUUCAAGGUGUCCAGACAGUCAGCGUGGUCCUCAUUAAGAAGAUGAUAAGAGAGGAUGGCGUGGAUGUAUUUGUGGAGUUGGACGUGGGUUCGGACUACAACAGCAACGAUGACCAGAUCCGCAGCGUGCUGUACAACGUGGUGAAGGAAGGAGCCAUCGCUUCCUAUGUCACAUCAGUUCAGGGCUUUCAGUUCAGACGGCUUGGGGAAGUAACCCCCGGCAUCAGACCAUGCAUGCCAGAUGAGCACAGGUGCGGGGAUGGGACUUGUAUCCUGAUGGAAUACCUGUGUGACAACAGACCCGACUGCAGAGACAUGAGUGAUGAGAUCAAUUGUGACAAACGGCCAGGCCCUCCAGUCUUCACUACCCCUCCCACAACAACAACCACCAUCAAGAAGCCCCCACGGCCACCAAGCCCACCUGGCCCCUGCAGAGUGGAUCAAGCCACAUGCCAGAGUGGCGAAUGCAUCCCUCGAGACUACAUCUGUGAUGGAGAAAAAGACUGCUCUGAUGGAAGCGAUGAGUUCAGAUGCGGUACACCUUCUCCCUGUGAACCCAACGAGUUCAAGUGCAAAAACGGUCGCUGUGCCCUUAAGCUUUGGCGCUGCGAUGGAGACAACGACUGUGAGGAUAACUCUGAUGAAACCGACUGCCCCACGAAGGGUCCUGGCGACAGGUGUGCUCCUGAGCAGUUUGAAUGCCUGAGCGAUCGCACCUGCAUCCCUGCCAGUUACCAGUGUGAUGAUGAGCCCGACUGCCCUGACCGCUCCGAUGAGUACGGCUGCACCCCUCCCUCGGUGACAAGCCCACCAGAAGAGUCCGUUCAGGCAGCGCGGGGGGCGACAGUGACAUUCACAUGUCAGGCUGUGGGAGUUCCAACACCCAUCAUCACCUGGAGACUCAACUGGGGACACAUUCCUGUUAGCAACAGGAUAUCAAUGAGCAGCGAGGAUGGCCGUGGCGUCCUGACUAUUCGUGAUGUAAAGGAGGCGGAUCAGGGGGCGUACACCUGUGAGGCCAUUAAUGCUAAAGGCCUGGUGUUUGGUAUCCCAGAUGGAGUCCUGACGCUGGCAUCAACUCCAAAUCCAGGCAACUGUCCUAACGGUCACUUCAGUGUGGAGGGUCGCUGUGUGCCCUGCUUCUGUGCUGGCAUCUCAAAGAACUGCAAAGGCACCGGACGCUACCGCAACCAGAUCAGCCUGCGUUUCACCGACGAGGAAGAUUUCAAAGGAGUGAAUGUCAGCUACCCAUCCAGGCCAGGAACUCCUCCUCUGUCCUCCACCCAGCUCCUCAUCAACCCUGAGAUGGAGGAGUUCCAGCUGGUGGAUCUGUCCCGCCGCUUCCUCAACCUUGACUCCUUCUGGAUCUUACCUCGCCAGUUCCUGGGCAACAAGAUCGACUCCUAUGGAGGAACCCUGAAGUUCAAAAUUCGGUACACAUUGGCCCGCGGUCUGACUGAGGUUGUGGAGAAGCCGGAUGUAAUGAUAGUUGGAAAUGGACGCAGGCUUGUGUACCGCAGAGGAAGCACCACCCCGGCUCGAGUGGUCAACCAGAAGGAGAUCAAAUUCACUGAAGAUAAAUGGCAGCACUCUAACGGACGCCCUGUGAGCCGCGACGAUCUCCUGAUGACGCUGGCCAACCUGGACAGCAUCAACAUCCGCACCAUCUACGACAACCACAUGGUCAGUGUGGCGCUCAGUGACAUCAUCAUGUCCACCACUUCUGUGGAGUUCAGCACCAUGGGGCAUGCCAAGGAUGUUGAAGAGUGCAGAUGUCCUCCUGGAUACUCAGGCCUGUCCUGUGAGCGGUGUACCCCCGGUUUUGAACGCGUCCCCGGAGGCGCCUAUCUCGGCACCUGCGCUGGUUGUAACUGCAACGGACACGCCAGCGCCUGUGAUCCCAUCAGCGGUCACUGUCUGAGCUGCCAGCACAACACAGAAGGAUCUCAGUGCGAUAAAUGUCGCCCAGGAUACUUUGGUGACCCCACCCGAGGUCGCUCCGAUGACUGCAAGCCAUGCCCCUGCCCGUACUACGAGACCUCACGGCGGUUUUCUGACACCUGCUUCGUGGAUGUGGACCAACAGCCCACAUGUGAUGCCUGCAGGCCCGGCUAUGCAGGAAGACGCUGUGAAAAGUGUGCUCCUGGAUACCAGGGUAACCCUCUUCUACCCAAUGGAAAAUGUGUUCCUAACACAGGAGGCAACCCCAAGUGUGAUAACAGAGGAAGCAUCAGCUCCAACAGCAGGCCCUGCAGCUGCAAGAACAACGUGGCGGGCACUCAGUGCGACGAGUGUAAGACCGGCUUCUUCCACCUCUCAGAGUCCAACCCUGACGGCUGUCUGCGCUGUUUCUGCAUGGGCGUCACCAAAGACUGCGCCAGCUCCACUUGGAAUAGAGACCAGGUGCAAGGGGGGGUGAACGCGCAGCUCUUCUCCCUGGCCAACAGCGCCAGCACCAUCACUAUCAACGAAGGAAUCUCCCAGAGGGGCUCCUCUGAACUGUUCUUCCGCUCCUUCUCCUCUUACCAAAAUGAUGUCUUCUUCUGGGUGCUGCCUGAGAGCUUCAGAGGAGAUAAGGUGACGGCUUAUGGCGGAGAGCUUCGCUACACUGUGCGUUUUGAACCGCAACAGCGCUCACGGGUGAUCGACGGACAGCCGGAUGUGGUUCUGCAGGGCAAUGGCAUCUUCCUGGAACACUUCUCUAACAAAAAGCCCCUCCCACGAGCCCCACACACUGUCACCGUCACAUUCAGAGAGUCUGGAUGGCGACGCGCUGAUGGGCAGCCGUGCACUCGUGAGCACCUCCUGAUGGCUCUGGCUGACGUCACCCUAUUCAUGAUCAGGGCCAGCUACGCAGACAACAUGGCAGAGACCAGUAUCUCAGACAUCAAGAUGGACGUGGCUGUUCCUCGCUCCACGGGUAAAGAACAAGCUCUGGAGGUGGAGGAGUGCGCCUGCCCUCAGGGAUACAGAGGACCUUCCUGUCAGGAGUGUGAUGAAGGUUACACUCGGAGCACCUCUGGCCUCUACCUGGGCACUUGUGAGAAGUGUGACUGCAACGGUCACGCCAGCGGCUGUGACUCAGAGACUGGAAAGUGUCUGCAAUGUCUUCAUAACACCGUUGGGGCAAAGUGUGAGCGCUGUCAGCCUGGUUAUUAUGGAAACCCUGUAAAAGAUGGUGCUCAGGCCUGCCAGCCCUGCCCCUGCCCUGGAACCUCUUCCAGCAACCAAUUCUCCCCAACCUGUUACCUGGAGGCCGACGGUCAGCCGACCUGUGACAGCUGCCCUCCUGGAUACACCGGCCGGCGCUGUGAAAGAUGCGCUGCAGGAUAUACUGGCAACCCCCUGCUUGGACAGAGAUGCACCGUUGGCGGCAAUGAAGUCAACGGUAACUGUUAUAACUGUGACCAAAGAGGAAGUGAUGGCUGCAGUGGAACUGUGUGCCGCUGCAAGAUGAACGUUGAAGGCCCAACUUGCUCCAACUGUAAGUCCGGGACUUUCCACCUCGGCCAGGAAAACAAAGAUGGCUGCCUGUCCUGUUUCUGUAUGGGCGUCACUCAGCAGUGCUCCAGCUCUACCUACUACAGAGACCUGGUGUCCUCAGUCUUUUCUCCAGGCAACUUCCAGGGAUUCGCUCUGGUGAACCGUCAACGCACCAAUCGCAUCGCCACUGGUUUCACCGUGGAGGUUUCCACUGAGGGAACUCAGCUGUCCUACAGCAACUUCGACUACCUGGGACAGGAGCCUCACUACUGGCAGCUUCCAGGCGUCUAUCAGGGAGACAAGUACGCUCUGGUCUACAAAGGUUUCAGCUUGCACCAGGAUGAUCUGCUCUACUGGCAGCUCCCAGCGCUAUUCACAGGGGAUAAGGUUGGAUCUUACGGAGGUAAACUGAAAUACACCAUGUCCUAUGUGGCCGGUCCAAGAGGAACAACACUGGAUGACGGUGACAUCCAGAUUAUUGGUAAUGACAUCACUCUGGUAGCCCGUCAGCCCUGGCAGAGGAGGCAGCAGGGCAGCAGAGAAACUCGCCAGUUCGAGGUCGUCUUCAAAGAGGAAAACUGGCGUCGUCUUGACGGUAUGCCCGCCACCAGAGAGCACCUAAUGAUGGUUCUGGCUGAUCUUGAUGACAUCCUGAUCCGAGCAUCCCACUCCACUGAGAUGCGGUCCUCCAGUAUCUCUGACAUCAACAUGGAGGUCGCUGUGCCAAACUACAGCGGCUUGGCUCAGGCCCUGGAGGUGGAGCAGUGCCGCUGCCCGCCUGCAUACCAAGGACUCUCUUGCCAGGACUGUGCACCUGGCUACACUCGCACAGGAGGAGGUUUAUACCUGGGUCACUGUGAGCUCUGUGAAUGCAACGGUCACUCUGACUCCUGCCACCCUGAGACUGGCAUCUGCACGAGCUGCCUGCACAACACUCAGGGCGAGCUCUGUGAGCAGUGUGCUCCCGGCUUCUUUGGUGACCCCACUGUUGGCACUCCAGAGGACUGCCAGCCCUGCGCCUGCCCUCACACUGACCCAGACAACCAGUUCUCCCCGACCUGUGAGAGCCUUGGAAAUGGAGGCUACCAGUGUACCGCCUGUCAGCCUGGAUACACUGGACAGUACUGUGAACGCUGUGCUCCUGGAUAUGUUGGGAACCCACAGGAGAGAGAGAAGUGUCGUCCAUACGAUGCUGCAGCCUCCCUGGUGGUGAAGGUUUAUCCAGAGAGGAUCCUUGCUUCUCAGGGUGGCCCUGUCACUCUCCGGUGUCAGGUGUCCGGCUCUCCUCCACACUUCUUCUACUGGUCCAGAGAGGAUGGACGGCCCAUCUCCGGCAGUGCUGACAGACGCAGACAAGGAGCUGAGCUGUACAUCCCCAGCGUUCAGCCCAGUGAUGCCGGGGUCUACGUGUGCACCUGCAGAGACCAGCGCAGCACCAACAGGAGCCGGGCUGAAAUCUUUGUCACAAGUGUUGCUUCCAAACCCAUCGAGGUGACGGUUGAGGAGCCCAAAGCUCAGACUAUGAGGGUGGGAUCUACUGUCAGCUUCAUCUGUACUGCAAAGAGCAAGUCCCCAGCCUACACUCUGGUGUGGACCAGGAAGGGCAACGGGAAGCUGCCUAACCGGGCCAUGGACUUCAACGGCAUCCUAACAAUUCAGAACGUCCAGCCCGAGGACGCCGGCGUCUACGUCUGCACAGGCUCCAACAUGUUCGCCAUGGACGAGGGCAAUGCCAUCCUCUACGUGCCAGAGGCCUCAAAGACUCAGAUGUUUUACACAGCGUAUGAAAUGUUUGAAGGACACAGAAAGCCAGCAGAGGGGGCCCAGCCCGUGGCCACCAUUACUCCCUCAGUGCUGAAUGUGCAGCAGGGCCAGCGGGCAGAGUUCCGCUGUACAGUGACCGGGAACCCAACCCCUGCUACUGAAUGGAUCGGAGGUCCAGGAAACAGAAUGAGUCCCAGAGCUGUGAUACGCGGCGGCGUUCUGACCUUCACAGCAGUGGACCCAGCUGAUGAGGGAGAGUACACCUGCAAGGCCCUAAACACUCACGGGGAGCACUCAGCACGGGCUUCCCUCAUUAUCCAAAGAGGAUCUAACCCAAGUGGCUUAGGCACCAAGCCCCAAGUCCAAGUCAGUCCACAAAACAUUCAAGUCCACGAGGGAGACACCUUGAGGUUGUACUGCAGAGCCACUGGAAAUCCCAACCCGAAACUCACCUGGCAGAAAAUCGGAGGCCAACUUCCUCCACAGGCCAUUCCCUCUCACGGUUUCCAUCAGUUUAAAAGCAACAGUCUCGAUGUGUUACAGAGACGUAUUGAGGAGCUGCAGGCUCGCAUGGACCGCACAGACAUCGGCACUCUGCUCAUCCCCAACAUCAAGAUCUCUGAGUCAGGCACUUAUAUGUGUCACGGCAGCAACAAUGUAGGCUCAAGCAGUGCCCCCAUUGAAGUCACGGUCAUCAAAGCGGACCACAGCACCUCAGUAGUCAGCAUCCAGCCGUCUAUAGCUGACGUCCAGGAGGGCCAGAACCUGGAGCUCAACUGCUUUGCUCCUGGAAACCCUCCUCCAAGAGUCACCUGGACGAGAGCCAGUGGACGUCUCUCCUCUAACCACCAGGUUCUGGGUACUCAGCUGCGUAUCUUGUCAGCCUCUCCAGAGGACUCAGGAGAGUAUAUCUGUCGGGUGCAGGGCAAUCCUGGAAAUCCUGGAAACCCUGGAAACCCUGGAAACCCUGGAUCUCACGUGCACCAGGCUUCAGUCUCUGUGUCUGUCACUUCAUCUUCAUCACGUCUUCAGAGUCCAAUCAUCGCCGUGGAGCCCCACAGUGCUGCGGUGCGUGUUGGGGAGUCGGCGAGCUUCAGGUGCAGGGUGUACAGCGGAGCCCAGCCUGUCAGACUGGAGUGGAAGCUGGCCAACAACCAGCCGCUGCCAGAUAAUGUCAAAGUUAGCGCUGAUGGUUCUGUUUUCACCAUCAACAACGCUCGCUCAAAUAACCACGGCGCCUACCGCUGUGUGGCCAGCAACCCGUUCGGCAUCACCCACACCAUCGUGUCUCUGAUCAUCAAAGAGACUCCUGUGGCCACCGUCACCCCUGUUGGGCCUGUGCGCAUCAGGGUGGGUGAGCCCAUUAACCUGGAAUGCCAGGCGUCAGGAGAGCCCCGCCCCUCAGUGUCUUGGCACAGGCUUGACAGUAACCGCAAGACCAUGCUGAACAGCCCCGUGCCCAUGGAGUCCAACGCAGUCAUGCAGAUACUUGUGGCUCGCCCAGAAGACAGCGGCACGUAUGUCUGCACAGCUCGCAACAACGAGGGCAGCACUGAGACCAAGGUGGAGGUCCAGGUUGAGGGGGGCUCUCAGGUACCUUCAUCUCCCAGAGCCUCUGUUCCUGAGCCGCUCAUGAUUAUAGUGGAGGGACAGACGGCAACACUGCACUGUGACGCUCACGGUUUCCCCUCUCCAUCGAUCACCUGGUCCAAACUGCGCUCUCCUCUGCCUUGGAGACACAAAGUGGUGGACAACGCCCUCGUGCUGCCUAAUGUGGGCCGCCAAGACUCUGGAGAAUACAUCUGCAGCGCCACCAACCACAUGGGCACCUCUGAAGUCACCAUCGUGCUGGAUGUAGAGACUCUACCAUAUGCCACCUCUAUGCCCGAUGAUGUCUCUGUGCGUGUUGGAGAGGUGAUCCGGCUGCAGUGCCUGGCUCACGGCACCCCUCCUCUGACCUACACCUGGACCAAGCUGGACGGAAACCUGCCUCAAAGAGCUGAGGUCAGCGGAGGAGACCUUCAGAUCAACCUGGCAACCGCUGAGGAUGCUGGAAGCUACAAGUGUGUGGCCGGCAACAAAGUGGGCAACAGUGAGGUGGUGGCUAAAGUCACAGUCAGAUCCCCUCUGGCGGUGCGGGUGUCACCUCAGGUUGAAGUAAAGGCUCAGGGCAGUGCUGUGGAGUUCACCUGCUCAGCAGCAGGAGGUAUAGAAACCAAGAUUGAGUGGCUGAAGGAGGGAGGAGCUCUGCCACCGAACCACCACAUCAAGGAUGGAGUGCUCAGGAUUGAGAACCUUGAGCAGAGCAAUGAGGGUGUUUACAUCUGUAGAGCGAGCGGUGUGUACGGUCAGGCCCAGGACUCUGCCAGGCUGACCAUCCAAGCCCUGCCAAAGGUGAUGAUAAAUGUGCGUACCUCGGUGCAGACUGUGAUGAUCGGGAACUCUGUGGAGUUUGAGUGCCAGGCCAUCGGGGACCCAGAGCCCACAGUGCAGUGGAGUAAAGUGGGCGGGUCUCUGCCCGCUCACAUCAUGGUGAAGGGCGGCAUGCUGAAGAUUGAGCAAGUGACAGAGGCAGACGCCGGGCAGUACCGCUGUACUGCCACGAACGACGUGGGCUCAGUACAGUCCCAGGUGGUCCUCAACGUGCAGUCUCUUCCUCAGAUCGCUGCUCUUCCUGAAACUAAAGAAGUGACAGUCGGGUCUGAUGCAGUCCUGCCCUGUGUGGCUUCAGGAUACCCUGUACCUGCGAUCAAAUGGUCCAAGCUGGAAGGUGAGCUUCCUCCAAAGUGUUUCCAAGACGUCAAUGUGCUCACGGUUCCUCGGGUCGGCCAUGAGGACUCUGGGACGUACGUCUGCACCGCCUCCAACAAACAGGGGAAAGUGGAAGCCUUUACUACUCUUCAAGUUCACGAGAGAGUGAUGCCGUACUUCACCCAGGAGCCUUUGUCCUACCUCACCCUGCCAACCAUCAAAAACGCCUACAAGUCCUUCAGCAUCAAGAUCAACUUCAGACCGGAUAAUGUUGAUGGUCUCAUAUUGUAUGCUGGAAUGAUCCUCUACAACGGCCAGAAGAGGACCACCGGUGCAGACUUCAUCUCUCUGGGACUUGUUGGCGGUCGCUUAGAGUUCAGGUUUGAUGUAGGAUCUGGCAUGGCCACCAUACGCGACCCUAACCCCAUCAAGCUGGGAGAGUUUCACACUGUUGAGCUGAGUCGCAACCACACCAUGGGCUACAUCGUGGUGGACGGAGGAGAGCCCAUCAACGGCAGCUCACAGGGCAAGUUCCAGGGUCUGGAUCUAAACGAGGAGCUGCAUGUAGGCGGUUACCCCAACUACACCAGCCUCGCCAAAACUGCCGGCAUCAAGACUGGUUUUGUUGGCUGCAUCCGUCAGCUCAUCAUCCAAGGUGAUGAAGUCAUCUUCAAAGACCUGGACCGCAGCUCUACAGGAGUCACAAACUGUCCCACCUGCAAAGACCAGCCAUGCCAGAAUGGAGGGAGGUGUGAUGACUCAGAUGCCAGCUUGUACAAGUGCAGCUGCCCCAGAGGGUUCACAGGCAGCAACUGCCAGCAUCACCCGUCCCUGCACUGUCACUCAGAGGCCUGCGGACCAGACGCCACCUGCAUCAAUAGACCAAAUGGCUUAGGUUAUGACUGCCGCUGCCAUCUCGGCAAGUUUGGAAACAAAUGCAUGGAUGGGGAACUGGUGACCACUCCACUGUUUGAUGGAGAGGAAUCAUACAUCGCUUACCCUCCCCUGACCAACAUCCACGAUGACCUGCGUGUGGAGCUGGAGUUCAAGCCUAUCGAGAGAGACGGUCUGAUGUUCUUCUGUGGAGGGAAGAAAAUGAAAGUUGAGGACUUUGUCGGCAUCUCCAUGGUGGACGGACAUGUUGAGUUCAGAUAUGAACUCGGCACAGGUCAAGCCAUCCUUCGCAGUCCAGAGCCAGUUUCUAUGGGCCAGUGGCACAAAGUUGUGGCAGAGCGAAACAAGAGAGCCGGCCACCUGAGGGUUGAUCAAGGCCCGGUGGAGAAGAAGACUUCUCCAGGGAAAGCACAGGGCCUGAAUAUUCACACUGCCAUGUUCCUGGGAGGAGUCCCCAACAUGGACAUCCUGCCUAAGCCUGCCAACGUCAGCAAAAUGUUUGAGGGAUGUAUAGGAGAGGUUUCCAUCAACAACAAGAAGUUGGAUCUGUCGUACAGCUUCACAGAAAGCAGAUCCAUCCGCAAGUGUGUGGACAGCAGCCCCUGUGAUCGCAGGCCCUGUCUGAAUGGAGGACACUGCAUGUCGAAUGUUGAGUAUGAGUACCAGUGCCUCUGCAAGGAUGGAUUUGAAGGUGAGCGAUGUGAGGUGGUGAGAGACGUGUGCCAGAGGGACCUCCAUUGCCAGAAUGGCGGCAGCUGCGUCGACGGCCAGUGUGUGUGUACACCCAACCACUCAGGCCUGAACUGUGAAGAAAGCCAGGUCCCCUCCUCCCCUGCAGCCCUGAGGAGUUUGGAAUCUAGCGUGGCAAAUGAUUCACCAUAUCAGUAUGCAGCUCAUUUCCACAAUGACGGAUACAUCGCUCUGCCUAGAUCCAUUUUCCCAAGAAGUGCCCACGACUCACCAGAGACCAUUGAACUGGAGAUCAACACUGGCUCCUCUGAGGGCCUGAUCUUGUGGCAGGGAGUGGAGACCAAUGGCGCACGCAAUUUGCGAAAGGUGCAUGCUAGUAAAAAGGAGCUUGGAGAACACGGCAAAGGGAAAGACUUCAUUAGCCUUGGUCUACAGAACGGACACCUUGUCUUCAGCUACCAGCUGGGCAGUGGAGAGGCAGAAAUCUUGUCUAGGAGGUCCAUAAAUGAUGGGAGAUGGCAUAAAAUCACAGCAGUCAGAACUGGAAAAGAGGGAUACAUACAGGUUGAUGGAGGAGCCUCACUGCAUGGACAGUCUAGAGGCAGAAGCCUCAUGGUCAACACUAAAGGCAGUAUAUACCUUGGUGGAGCUCCAGACAUGGGAGUUAUGACAGGAGGGAAGUUUUCGUCAGGAAUGACGGGCUGCAUCAGAAACCUGACGCUGAUGAACGCCCGGCCGGGACAGCAGCCCGCCCAGGCCAUCGACCUGCAAGCCCACGCAGCCUUAGGCAUCAACGUGCAGCCAUGCUCUUCAUAGAUCACUGCAUUAACACACACACACACACACACACAAACACACACUCAUACACGAACAGAGACUUUGGAGUGAUGUCACACACACACACACACACACAAACAGCAGACUCACACAGAGAGACCUACACAAAGAGGCUGACACAAAACUUGGUGCUUUGCUGCUGCCAAAAAAAAAACAAGAUGACACAACAGGAUAUGUUUCUCUGUGUGCAGUAAAACCAAAAAAAAGAGAGAAAAACGAAACAAUAUUAACAAGUCUUCUCUUCCUCAGUGUUGUAUUCUCAAUGAAGGACUAUUAACACAGGAGAACCAGUACAGUUUACAUACUUCCAGCAGUAGUUUUAGCCAUGAGAAGAGUAAGAGUUAAACAUAUUAGGCCUUCUACGGUGGGUCAGAUCCUAUGGAGUUGGAGACGUUUUUACAGCACUGAAUUUUUAUUUAUAUACAUAUGAAUAUAUAUAUAUAUAUUAUAUUUGUGGGGGAAACAUGCAAACUAACCAUAACUGCUCUUCUACUUCCCUAGAGUUUAUUCUGGGUUCUAAUACUGUGUGUCCAGGGCUUUUUAUGGGCCUAACUGUAUUAAUACUUGAAGAUGUUUAGGCCUUCUUUCUUCACUUCUGUAGAGGAACCUUUUUUUUUUUAAGCGCGCGAGCAUGCUAACAAUCUUUUUUGCGAUUCGUUGGGAGAGGAGCGCACACGGUCACGGCCACAUGCCGCUUCAGUUCACAACUCAGGUUGUCUAAUACAAAAUUAAAAAAACGCCAAAUAUUACAUGUGCUGGCUUUAACUUGGCUGAUACUUUCUGUUCAGCAACAACACACAGGUCUUUCAUGUUUUUUUUGUUGUCUGUAUUUGUUCUUUUUUUUUAUGAAAAAGAAAGAAACCAUGGUGCUAACGUCAGACAUGAAGAAACAGCACAUACUGUCUGUCACACUUAGAAGUGUUUGUUUUAGUCAUUUGGUUACCUAGAAUUGAGAGAACCAUCGAUACAGUAUCUGCUUGUGUGAGAUUGUUUUAUAUGCAUGGCAUUUGAAGUUGAGUUUUCACAAUUUAGCACACUUGGUUACCUCCACAGCCUUAUUUUGAUUGAGUAGAUCUCAGAAAAGCAGUUUUAAAGAGCAGAAAGGAUGUAUUUUUCAUGUGCGAAUAUUGUUUUUAUGUGUUUAAACUAUCUGCCAGUCAGGUAGGUUUCAAAUGAGAUUGUGUGCAAGUAGAUUUGUCAGUCAUGUAUGUCUUAGCCCCUUUUUUCCCUCACAAGUCACUCCUCUUUAAGGCCCAGGAUGGAGCCAGGUGUGUGUGUUCGUGUGUGUGUGUCUGCAUCCAUAUCCUCAGGAGGGUUCGAUCCAGAACUGCCUCAAGAUGUUACUUCAUUUUCGAGUUUUGUAGCUUUAGCAGUGAGUCAAUAAGCUAUAAAUCUCUGAAGGCUCUGUGGGUUUCUUUCUCUGCAUUAUAUGGUCACAUGAUCACGCAGAGGAAGCCCCCCCCCGAAGGUGCCGUGACCCGUCGUGUUGCUCCACGAAAGCAUGCUCGCCCCACGUUAGUCCACCACACUGCCAAAACCAUGAACGGCACGAUCACUUUUGGGGUUCACAAACUUUUUUCUUUCUAAUUUUUGUAAGCUUAAACGAUUUGUUUUAAUAUCCUUAGAGUUGCUUCAUUUUUUAUUUAUUUUAUGUUUUUUUUUUCUUCUUCUUUCAUCACUUUUGUUUCAAGGCUUAAAUCUGCUGUUUUAGAGCAAUCACACACACACUUGCUUUUUUCUUUUUUCUGGUUACUGUGUAUCUCCUCCCACAUCCCCCUUGUUUUCCCCCCCUCAUGUUUGAGUUAGAGUUCUUCAGAAAUCCCAAAUAAAGCUCCACAAGAGGUAAACAUGUCGCUGACUGGAACUGCCCGGUCAUUGUGUUUGGAAACUGGUCUUAUUGUUCACUGAAUAAAAAAGUCUUAGGAUACUAAUGUGACAUAGAUAUGCACAGAGAGGUGUCAUCAUGUUAAUGCAGAUAUGAUCAUUUAAAGGAGCCGCUGCUGUGGUCCAGGUGUGGGACACUGAAGCAGUGAGUGUGCGCCCCCUGUUGGGUGCUUUUGUGUAUCUGCUCUUGAACUGGAUUUUCAUAAACACACUAAACACUCUUCCCCAAAUGUCAAGAAACUGCCACUGCUUUUCAAAUCAUGUUCAACCAUUGCAAAAUAUGAAAAAGUGCACUUUUACUGAGGAUGGAAACUUUUAUUUUGUGAACUGUUUCACUUCUGACGGGCAGAGAAAAGUGGAUUACUGAACAAAAAUUGUAACAGAUGAAGUAUUGUCCAUGUCAGGAUGGCCUGAGAUCCAUCUCCACUGUUGAAAAAGACACUCCCCUUGCCCUUGGUGUUUCUUAAUUAAAAACAAAAUUCAUGUGCUAUUUGUAA